UUGAAGAACUCCCACCGUUCACUGUCUCCUCCCUUCCCACAGCUCAAAUCUAUGGCUGGGCUCACCGGCAGAUUUCCUUUCAAACCUCUCUUAUCCCAUUCCUCCGCCACGCCCACCACCUCUGCCUCCGCGCCCUCCUCCUCCGCCACCGCCACUCCCAUCCGGACCUCACUUUCCCCUCUCCCCCUCUCCUCCUCCAAGUCCAAUGCCUUCAGAUUCCGCCUUCACAACUCCAAUUCUCUGCAUCUCGUCUUCACAACUUCAACUCGUAGUACUGUAGUUGCUCAAUACGGCGGUGGUUCUCGGCCUUCAGGACCGGCGGAUUCUAAGCGCUUUGACGAUGGUCUUGGUGUCGAUAUUUCCGCCAUUAGAUCGAAUACCGUGAGGCUUAUCGAUGCACAACAGAACAUGGUUGGAAUCGUGUCGAAGGCUCAGGCCAUUCAAAUGGCUGAUGACGCUGAACUUGAUUUGGUUGUAUUAUCACCUGAUGCAGAUCCUCCAGUUGUCAGAAUAAUGGAUUACAGUAAAUAUAGGUAUGAACAGCAAAAGAAGAAAAGGGGACAACAGAAGAAGAGUGCUGCAACUCGCAUGGAUUUAAAAGAGCUUAAAAUGGGUUACAACAUCGACCAACAUGAUUACUCUGUCCGUUUGAAAGCUGCAAGGAAGUUUUUGAAAGAUGGAGAUAAGGUUAAAGUUAUAGUGAACUUGAAAGGUCGUGAGAAUGCGUUCAAGAACAUAGCAAUUGAGCUCAUCAGACGUUUUCAGGAAGAGAUUGGGGAGCUUGCAACUGAAGAGGCCAAGAACUUAAGAGACAGGAAUAUGUUUAUUGUUCUAGCUCCUAACAAGGCUGUUCUACAGAAGGCUCAAGAACCCCCCAAGGUAAAAGACAACCUUGUAGUUAAUGAAGUUUCUGCCAGUGUUUAAGCUCAAGAAGCGUCGGGAUUAAGCAAAAAGUAGAAUGGUUAGUCACCACAAUCUAAAUAUUCUUCUACCAUAUAGAAAUAUGAGAGUUCUGUGUUUAAUGCUUUGUUUAAUAUAAUGCAUCAUACUUUUGAGUCCAUUCUACUUUUUAGUGGAAUGUUUAGAAAUCAGACGUGUUACUAAUUCUUUUGA